AUGGCCGUGGCCAUUCAGGAGAGCACCAAGUUAGAGUUGGCUCAUAGUACUUGUACUAUUAUUCUUAUAGUAGCUUGCACCCAGGAUCUCGUGGUCUUUCAGCCCAGGUCUGCUGAAGGCACUGAAGGUGGCUCCGUUACCUUAAACUGUUCCUUUGACUCCAAAUCCACGCCCAAAGUUGGCAGCUACUGGUGGCUUAAAGAUCAGAAAGUGGAGGUCAGAAACACCACUGGGGAAUUUAAGGGAAGAGUGAAGCUUACCACAGACCUGGACUUCAUAUUGAAGAAAAGAGCCAAUAUAGAGAUACGGGAGUUGAGGCAUUACGACUCAGGAAUCUAUCAAUGUGUGGUGAACAUACCUGGACUUCUUGACACCUUUGGGAGUGGGACGGAGCUUCGAGUCAUUAAAACACAACCCCAGCCAGUGCCUAAAGCUUCUUCCUUAGAUGACUCCUUGGUGCUGUUCUGGCUUCUCCUGCGUGGCAUCCUUUGUGCCUUUGGGAUGACCACCCUUGUUCUGGUGACACGUCUAUAUUAUGAGAAGACAAGUAAGUGCUCUCUGGGGCCUUCUAUUUUCUAG